ACAAAUGCAACAGCACUCUGAAUCAGAUGAUCAUUCUCCUGUUCAUGUAAUCUAGUUUUAAGAUAAGAAUACUGAGAUUGAGUCGGAAGCCUUAUGGGAUAAGGAAGAGGGUCAACAAGAAUAUCAUAUUCAAAUAAACUCUGAUCGAAUUUUAGAUAUUUUUCAAUCCAUUGAGUCUUAAAUUGAUCCAUUUUCUUGUGUCUUUAAAACUAACCAAUAAAUGAUAGUAAUGUAUAAAUAGAGAUUGCCUUUCUUGAAAAAAUUAGGAUAUUUAAUAUGUAAAAGUGAAACAAAAUAUUGCAUAAUACUUAUAAAAUUAGAGAAUCAGAAUUCAUUAUUGAUUAAGUCUUUAAAAGGAGUAUUAAAUUUUAAUUAAAAAGGACUCUGAAAUAAAUGAUAGCACCAUGAAAAAAAUAGGAAAUGCAAUUUAUUAAUUUUCAGACAAAAAUUAACAUCUUUCUCAUAUAGAUGAAAUUAUGUAAGUGUAUAUUUAUAUUAGACAUGAAGACUCAAGAUUCAAUCCAUUUCAUUUAGAUAGUUUGAGUGUGGCUAUGAUUUAUAAAUAUCUUUAAGAUAAAAUUGUGAUACCGGAAUAAAUAUCUAUGAAAUAGCUUUCUAAUUUAAUAGAGAAGGAACAUGAAAAAAUAAAGGAAGAACCUUUAUUAAUCAAGUAAUAAUAAGUGAGUUAGUUUCAUAUUUUUACAAUUGAGCGAUUUGUUUUCAAUAAGAUAUAUGAUUAAAUGAUGAAUUAAUAUAUAGUGAAAUAUUAGGAGAGACAGGAAUAAGUAGAUUUAAAGAAAAUAUAAUUGAAGCAAAAAUAUUCUAAAGAAGAUUUAAUCAAUUCAUUAGAAAUUAAAAAUCAAUAUUUACCUUAAUCAGAAAUACCUUACUGUGAGGCAAUAAAUGAAUUAAAAUCAAUUUGUCUUUUCAAAACUCCAACUGAAAUGUUGAAAUAAUUUUAAUAUGUAUUAGUUCUGAUUAGAGGAGUUGCUUUUGAAUGUAAUUAAAAAGAAGAAAUAAUUGCUAUGGAUGAUGAAUUGCCAAUAUUAAUAUGGGUGGCUUUAAUGAGUGAGGUUCCUAAUCUUUAUGCAAAAAUAUAUUUUGUUGAUGAUUACAUCCAAGAAAUCGAAAAUGAAAAGAGAAUUUUAACUAAUCUAAGAGUUUCAUUAGAUUAUAUUUCUAAAGAAUGGAAAUUAUGA